AACCCACCCGUCCACGCGAUAGGGCUUCCCCGUAUCGCUCUCGCCGCCGAUUCGCUGCCCGUGCGAUUCUUGCGUUGCGCUUCGAAGCUUCCGAACCAGUAGCAUCUCGCCGUAUCGUGGCGGCGGGUUUUGUGCGUGUUAGGGUUAGGGUUUCUGUGUCGGGAAGGGGGUAGGAAGAGGAGGAGGCGGCGGAGAUGGAGGAGGUGACGGAGGGGGUGAACAACCUGGCGAUUACGGAGCAGCACAAGAAGAACCGGAUCCAGGUCUCCAACACCAAGAAGCCGCUAUUCUUCUAUGUCAACCUCGCCAAGAGGUACAUGCAGCAGCAUGACGAGGUGGAGCUAUCGGCCCUCGGCAUGGCCAUUGCCACAGUGGUGACUGUUGCCGAAAUUCUGAAAAAUAACGGCCUUGCUGUUGAAAAGAAGAUCAUGACAUCCACAGUGGAUGUCAAAGAUGAUUCAAGGAGCCGCCCUAUACAGAAGGCCAAGAUUGAAAUAGUUCUGGGCAAGUCGGAGAAAUUCGAUGAGCUGAUGGCAGCUGCUGCGGAGGAGAGGGAAGCUGCUGAGGCCGAGGAGCAGAGCUAAACAAUUUAAGUUCGCUAUUGUAAUAGUUUAAUUAGUACCCUGAUGCUAGGUUUUACGUUUUAAUCUCUUGGCCAACAAGAGACAUACUUUUGCAAUCUAUCAAGAGCUCUGCUCAUUUGAUUUAUUUGAAUAGUA